ACUCAGUGUGUCUACAAUUUAUUAUUCAUAAUUUAUCUUAUCUCUUAUAACUGAGAAUACUUGCGGUCUGACUCACGCCAGGCGUUAGUCUGCUCCAUACACUCGGUUAAAUCGUUCUCGUUCUGUGCUGCGGAAUAUGAGCGCUUGCCAGGAUACUUACAAUGACUUUGCCAGGGACCUGUACGAUGUGGCCACCAGGAACGAUACCAGCCCGAGCUGUAUACCAAGCACCAAUGCAAUUAUCUCGCCCAUCUCGAUACAAACAUCGCUGAUGCUGGCCUUUGUGGGCGCGGCGGGCAGAACGGAGGAUGAGCUGCGCACGGGUUUGAAGCUGGGACCCGGCGACCGGCAGGAGAUCGCCAAGAGCUAUCACGAUUUCUGGACGCAGAUGUGCAACUACGGCGCCAAGAUGACACUGAAAUCCGUGAAUCGUCUCUUUGUCAACCACAAGCUGAAAUUGCAGCAAGAAUUCAAGGAUCUAUCCGAGGAUUACUUCAAAUCCCAGCCGGUGCCGGUGAAUUUCGCAGACGCGAACGCGGCCACACAACAGAUUAACGCCAUCGUGGAGCAGGCGACGGAGAACAAAAUCCGGGAUCUGCUGCAGCCGGAUGCGGUGAAUGCCGCAACGAGCGCAAUCUUGAUAAAUGCGCUCUAUUUCAAGGGUUUGUUCCAGAAGCCCUUCACGCCCGAGUCGACAAUGCUCGACGACUUCUAUCUGGACGAGCAGGCGCGCAUCGCGGUGGACAUGAUGUACCAGGAGGAUAAGUUCAAAUAUGCGGAGCUGCCGGAGCUAAAUGCCAGAGCCGUCGCCCUGCCCUACGAGGACUCGGACAUAAGCCUGCUCAUCCUGCUGCCCAACAAGAUAUGCGGCCUGCCGGAGCUGGAGCAUCGGCUGGCCAAUCUCAGCCUGGCCAACAACAUUGACAGGCACAUGCAAAUGGAAGAUGUGGAGAUUGCUUUGCCCAAGUUCACAAUUGAGUACGAUCUGGAUCUGAAGGAUACGCUACAGCAGCUAGGCAUCUCGGAGCUCUUCGGCGAUGCGGCCAAUCUGAGCCGCCUUUUCGAGGAGGCAACCGGGCAGAAAAUCUCAGCGGCCAAGCAUCGCGGCUACAUCGAUGUCAACGAGGCGGGCUCCGAGGCAGCCGCCGUCACAUUUCUGAAGGUUGUGCCCAUGAGUCUGAAUAUGCAGAAGAAAACCUUCAAGGUGGAUCAUCCCUUUAUGUUCUUCAUACGCAACAGCAAAGCCGUCUUCUUCGCUGGUCGCUUUGUGGCGCCCCUAAGGAAGGAGCUGCUCGUGCCCAGCCCAGCGCCCGGGGCCAGCGAUUCCAUGCGAAAUCAGAUGGAAGACACGAGUGUUGACUAGUGUUGACUAACGUUGUCUAGUGUUGACUAGUGCUGAC